GGCGUAUUAAUCACUGGCAGUUUAUUUACUAGUGUGCAACCAUCGGGAACAUGGAGAAAUGAAGCCCGCCAUCUGAUGUUAACACUAAAGUCACAGCGCCAAAUUCGUGUCACACACCGGUGGCUUUAUGUGAAACUCUAUUUUUAGUUGACACCAAACACAAGGCCUCAUCACAGGUCCAACGAAAGCUCCAAAUCCACAGUUAUUUCUUCAUGAUCACUUUGCUAGCAGUCACAAGGAUUUUCCCAACGACGAGUAUGGGUCUAACAACGCGGCUUCUGGUCCCGGUGGCUUGCGUCCUGUUCCUGGUCGGAGGCCGGGUCCAAUCGCAGGAUGCCAAAUUUUGGAAUGACCAGGCUAAACAGACUUUGCAGAAUGCCCUGAACCGCGAGCGCACGUUGAACAAGAACGUGGCUAAGAACGUGGUGUUCUUCCUAGGGGACGGCAUGGGGAUGUCCACCGUGACUGCGGCGCGGAUCAUGAAGGGGCAGAACAUGGGCAACCCGGGGGAGGAGACGGUGCUGAAGUGGGAGGAAUUCCCCAGCGUUGCCCUUUCCAAGACCUACAGUGUGGACAAGCAAGUUGGAUCCUCGGGCUCUUCAGCCACUGCGUGCUUCUGUGGAGUGAAGGCCAACGACAACAUGCUUGGUCUGGACUCCAGAGGGCGAUAUGGAGAUUGCGCGUCCAGUAUCGGUGCAGCCGUGGAUUCCUUCCUGAUUCUAGCCCAUCGGGCAGGAAAAUCGACUGGUUUUGCGACCACAUCCCGUGUGACUCACGCUACACCGGCCGCCCUCUACGCCCACGCCCCGAGCCGCGACUGGGAGAACGAUGGCGACAUACCCACGGAGGAAGCGGCCAAGGGCUGCACGGACAUCGGGGCGCAGCUUGUCGAGAACGGCCACGUGUUCGAUGUGGUGUUAGGAGGCGGCCGCCGGGAGUUGACAGGCACCAACCAGACGGACCCCGAGUACCCGGACGAGGUCGGACACCGGACGGACGGCCGCAACAUUAUAGAGGAAUGGCUGAGCAAGAAAGCAGCAAAUCGCACCAAGUACGUCUGGAACCUUGACGCCUUCAGCAGCGUGGAUCCGGCGGAAACAGAUGCCCUUCUCGGUCUGUUUGAGCGGGGUCACAUGCACUUUGAGGCCGACCGCGCGGAUGAUGAGGCUGGGGAGCCCUCUAUCGCCGAGAUGACGGCGAAGGCAAUCAAGAUACUGCAGAAGGACCCAGAUGGCUACUUUCUCGUUGUUGAAGCUGCCCGCAUUGACCACGCCCACCAUGACGGCAAUGCAGCACGAGCCCUAACGGACACUCUAGCGAUGGAGGAAGCCGUGAUUAAGGCCAUGGAAUUGACCAAUGAGAAGGACACGUUGGUCAUCGUGACUGCUGACCACAGCCACACUAUGACCAUCGGCGCUUACCCGCUGCGGGGCACCCCUAUUCUAGGACUAUACAAUGAUGGCGAAGGCUCGGACGGUAUGCCCUACACGACCCUGAACUAUGCAGACGGGCCGGGCGGCGAGAUAGAGAGAGACAGCUACAAUGCUGUGGGGAGCAGACGAAAUCUUACCAACGUGAACACAGGUGGCAUUGACUUCAAACAGUCGGCCAUCGUCCCCAGAGAGGAUGAGAGCCAUGCCGGGGAGGACGUGGCCAUCUACGCCAACGGACCCAUGGCCCACCUCUUCCACGGAGUCCACGAGCAGAACUACAUGGCGCACGUGGUGCGCUACGCCGCCUGCCUGGACUACAAGGAGCACUGUCAGAUGAGCAGCGCGCCCUCGCGCGAUGGGUUCAACCUGUGGCUGAUAUUGGUCACCGUAUUCCUGAGCGUGCGUUUUUGGAUUUAAAAAGUGUCUCUGGUUGCCGAGUGGGAAGUUUGUGGGGUUUUGUGGUUCGUCUAUGAUACAGAACUAAAGACAAACAUAGGAGGAAAAUGAGUCCUCGAUUGGCCAGUCUUCCUCAAUUGGAAAUAUUGCACAAAUCGAUCGAGAACAGUAUAAUAGUAAUGGGAGAGGCUUAAGAUAAUGUAGGUUUUCAACAAAUUUCAUCAGAAUGACAGGUGGCUGUCCUUUGUACGUUGCCUCCAUAAAUUCUCGCAAAUGACCCAUUAGGAAGACACGUUAUAAAUGGUGUACUUCAGGGAAACAACGAAAACAGGGUGGCAUUUUAAUGUCUCUUUAUAUAUCAAGGCCUACUUAUAUCUCUAGGCAUGCGUUUAACGUCGCAAAUACCCUAAAUCGGGACUCCUCGUGAUGCAAACCCCAGAGUUACGAAGUUUAAACUUUGUAAAUUUGGGUUGAAAUAUUAGGAAGACAUUACAUUUCUGCAGUGAUGGUUAAGUGUUAUUAAAGAUCGUAGGUUUUUUUUUUACAUAAUGGUACCUUUAGGAGACGUCGAUUUAAAUGUUAUACUUUAUAGGGAGACACCGGACAUUAAGGAGACAUUUCAAUGUCUCUCUUAUGUCACAGCUCCUAAUUAGAGGCAAAACGUUAGUGUCGCAUAUGGGCUAGAUCCAUUGCGCGUGGUCCUAGACAUCAAUGUACCGAAAUUUGUGGGGUAUAGGAUGUGGUAUAAUUGGGGUUAGUUGGCAUUAAGGAAAAGUUUUGUGCACAAGUGUUUGGGAAUGUCUCUCAAAUGACACGUUUCCAGGAACCAGAAUAUACACAAUCAUGUUAAUGUUUCCUUCCUAUUAUUGAAUCAUGUGUCACAUUAAAUUCCUCUCAAGUUCCUGGCCUUCAUUUCAAAUUCCUUAUAGCCAGGGGAACAAAAUAAAAGGAUAUAGGUCCGUCGGAGAUCUGGAUUAGGGCCUACUUGACUUUUGUAGUUACUUCCCCACCAACCCAAUCAUUCUGAGUACAGCAGCAUUACAAUGCAGACGUAUACACUGCAAAAACUGCAGUGUUAAAUUUACACUGUUGGUAUCUAUAUAGGACCAUCUGGUGUUAAAUUUUACU